AUGCGAUCCAGAUUCGCCCUCGGGGCACUCGCCUCCCUUCCACUCAUCCAGGCCUUCACUCACCCCGGCCUGCUGCACACCAACGAAGACUUCAAGCGCAUCCAAUCCAAGGUCCAAGCCGGCGCCGACCCCUGGAUCACCGGCUGGUACAAGCUAACCAACAGCUCGUACGCCUCGGCGUCAUACACCAACACCGCCCAGGAAGUCAUUUACCGCGGCGACGACGGCAGUCACUCGCAGAACUACCCCAACCUGUACCGCGACAUCGCCGCCGCCUACGCCCUCGCCAUCCAGUGGAAAGUCACGGACAACACAACCUACGCGGACUCGGCCGUCGCCAUCCUCGAUGCCUGGGGUUCAACACUGACCGGCAUCUCCGGCAACUCGGACAAGUUCCUCGCCUCGGGGAUCUACGGGUACGAGCUGGCGAAUGCGGCCGAGAUCAUGCGCGACUACGACGGCUGGUCGAGCGAGAGCUUCAACGCGCUGCGCGAUAUGAUGGUGAGCGUGUUCUACCCGAUGAAUCGGGACUUCUUCAUCCGGCACAAUGACGCCGAGGUCGAUCACUACUGGGCGAACUGGGACCUGUGCAAUAUCGCGUCGAUGCUGUCGAUCGGCGUGCUGUCGGACAACGAGACCAUGUAUCAGGAAGCAGUGGAUUAUUUCAAGAACGGCGACGGGAACGGCCAGAUCGAGAAGAUGGUCUGGAAGCUGUACGAUGUGGAUGGGCAGACGCUGGGCCAGGGGCAGGAGGCAGGAAGGGACCAGGGCCACGCGAUGCUGGACUUUGCGCUGCUGGGCCCGAUUGCUCUGUCGGCGUAUAACCAGGGUGAUGAUCUGUUUGAGUAUCUGGAUAACCGGAUUCUGGCUGGCGCUGAAUACGUCGCCAAGUAUAACCUCGGCGAGGACGUUCCCUACACCACGUACGUCAACAGCGACGUCACGCAGGAUGUGAUUAGCGAUGCCCAGCGUGGCGGCGUGCGUCCCAUCUGGGAGCUGCUAUACAACCACUACGGAGUGCUCAAGGGGGUGGAUGUCACCUGGACCAAGAAGUAUCGCGACAUGGUGGUUGAGGACGGCGACGGAGCUGAGGGGGGUGGAGGUGAUUAUGGACCUAACAGUGGAGGAUUUGAUCAGCUGGGUCAUGGGACGCUGUUGUAUACGCUGAAGUAG